AUGGUUAAGGCGAAAUCGAAGGACGGUGAUAAUGAUCCAAGAGCUGAUUGGAAAGAUCCUAAGGAACUACAAGCUUUUUGUGAGUUCUGUGCUAUUCAAGUCCUAGAGGGCAAAAGGGCCGGAGGACUUUUGACCAAAACUGGGGUUGACAAAGUGUUUGAGCAGUUAGGUGACAUGAGGAAAGUGGUGACUUACCUGCAAGUUAAAAACAAAUGGGAUCAUCUGAGAAAACUGUGGAAGCAGUAUGCUGAGUGUUUUGACAAUGAGAUUGGGUUGGGUAUUAAUGCUGGAACUGGGAUGCUUGAGGCCAGUGAUGGCCCCCAUUGUGAACCCUUUGUGAAUGCUGACCCAAUGGAGGUUGAAGCAACUACUGAAGCUAAAGCAAUUCUGGACAUGGUGUUGAGUCUUCCUGGAGUGCAAUCAGGUGAUCGCCUUCAUCUGUUCAGCACUCUCUUCUUCAUGGAACAAGUAGAGGGUAGGCCCAUGUUUGCAGCACUGAGCGAUGACAAGGACGUCUAG